CUCGGGGGGAGUGAAGGUCGCGCUGAGGGCGGGGGGGGGGGUUGGCCCCGCCGUGAGCGGGCCGCUAUUUCCUGUGGAAAGAGUCUCCUUCGCCUUCCCCUUUGGCUUUUUCAUCGCCUGUGCGGGAUCCCAGACGUGGCCCCUAUCGCCUGUGGUGGCCCUGUCGCCUGUCGUGAUCCUGUCGCCUGUCGUGACCCUGUCGCCAGGCCAGCCCCCAGCCCGGCGGGGUGCUGAGCCAGGAUGGGUUUGGCCGAAGAAAAAGUGUACAGCCACAUUAUGAGGAACCUCAGGCAUUUCGGGACUAUCCAUGUGGGGUCGCUGGCUGAUUCCCUGACCUGCCUCGUCGAUUCUGACCGAGAUGAACUCCACGCCCGGGAGGAGAUGCGGGGCAGCCAGGCCACCGUCUUUAAGUUUUAUCAGCGCCUGAGGUGCCGGAAGGACUGGGUGCCGGAUCUCAUCCAAGCCUUGCGCCACAACAACGCAGGACACCUGGCUGAUGAGGUGCAGGAGGUGUAUGACACCUGGAAACCCCGUCCCUCAGCUCCUGCCCCUGCCUCCUCCCUUCCCAGCAAUGCCCGUCCCACCAACUCCUCCGUCAAUGCCCCGACACCGGCCCUGCAGCCGAAUUCUGCUCCAGGAGCCCCGCUGGCUGAGCAGCCUCGCCGGGACCUGCCUGUUGGUGACCAUCCACCCAUCCCACCCAGCGAUGCCACCACCAUGAGCACCCAUGUGGAGGCCAGAAUCCCGGUGCAGGAAUCGCUCCCCAAAAAACUCCCGGAGCAAGAGAGUGUCCAGCCAAUUCUACCUAGGAGCACAGUCCGUGACGGAGUGAGCGGAGAGGGACCCCUCUCCCACCCCGGUGAUACCACGCAGGGGUCAGUGGGGACCCCCGUGGUGGCCAGCGUGUCCGUGCCAUCGGCCGUGCCCCCGGAGCAGGGCCGGGACUGGCUGAGCCGCCGGCCGGUGUGUGUGGACAACGGGUGUUUUGGGAAUGCCAACCACCUGCACCACGGGGCGCCGGGCCUGGCGCUGGGCAGGGCUCUUCCAGCCAGGGAGCCCAGUGCCACUCACAGCCCCGAGCGGCCCCGCAACGAGCCCGAAGAGCACUCGGACGAGUCCACGGAAUUUCCCCCGAGGCUGGAGGGGGCCGCUCGUGGUGCGGGGCAGCAGCCCCCAAACUCACUGCCAAAAAAGCAGCCUGUGCCGAGCUCUGAGCCCCCGAGCAGCUUCGUGGAUGUGCGCAGCCCCCUCCUCAUACAGGAGCAGUUUGAUGCAGAGAAGAAGCGGGUCCAGAUGCUGCAGGAGGAUGGAGGGCGUGGAGACACUUCCACAGGAACAACCCCCCUGGCUGCUGCCCCUGUACCCAGAGGCACUUCCCCAUCCCAUGACACCUCUGUGAAAUCUGUGCCAGAGAAGAAACCACCUGUUGGGAGCAGAGCUGGCAGCACCUACUCCAUGCCGACGGAGAAAGUGUUCCCAGCCUCGGCAGAGCCUCUCCUUGGCACAGCUGUGGUGGGAAGCUCCGAAGGCACGGCUGGGAGAUCGGCCUCCCGGGUGAGCUCUGGCACGAGCGCCUGGGCAUCCUGCGGCGAUGCAGAGGAGGGUGUGGAGCUCAGCAAGCCGGGCAUCCUCGUCUCCGUGGCUCCGGGGGACACAGAGGUGCCCGGCAGAUGCCCGGGCUCUCACGGGCCCAGCAGCCCCAAUUCUGCAGCCUCCGACAGCCUCGGCCUCAGCAGCGACCCAAUCCUGGUGAGCAGCGAUAGCUCGACAGGAGCAUUCUCCAGAGGCUCCUUGGCUCCCGCACCUCGUGCAGACCCUGGGGGACAGGAGGCAGAUGGAGCGAGCAGAGACUCCCGUUCCACUCCGAGCCGGGACAGCACCUCCGUGGGCAUCCAUGAGGUCUGUGUGGAUCACUACCCCAGCAUCCAGCUCGGAGCUGGCGAUGACGGAGUCGGUCCCCUCAGAAGCUCUCCGGAUUUCGACUCCAGCGGUGGCCGUGGCGCUGCCACCAGCUCUCCUCAGGCCAAGGUCCCUGCAGGGGACAGCAACGGCCCGUCCCUGCCAUACAUCCUCCCUGCCGUGGGCAUCGCCGUCAUCUCUGCCGUGGCAUUCCUGGUGUACGCUCGGCUCCAGAAAUAGCAGCUGGGACGAUUCCUCUGGCAACAGCAUUCUGGCCAAUGUGUUUUGAAGCCUGAAGAGCAGCGGGGGGACAGGAGGGGUGUGGUUAAAUCUCUUCCUGGAAGGUUCUGCUGGAAGAGGCCUUGGUACCGGAUACUGUUGGGUUUGGAUCUGUUCGAUCCAAUUUCCCAACCAUCUUCUUUUUCACACCCACGGAGAGGGUCUCUCUCCAGGGCAAUCCCUUGAGUCAGAAAAGUCCUCGUGAUGAUUCUCCACGUCUUCCUUGUUUGGUCCCAGGAGGCCCCAGGGAAACAUGCACUGGUGAUCCAAAGGGUGACCCCCUGGGUGCCUUUGGGCAGCACAGCCAGGAGAGAAUUUGCAGGUAUCCUGUAACAGCAGAGCUGGUUUUCUUGGCUCUGCUUCUCUUGGCUUGAAAACAUGCCCAAGGACUUGUGCAGGAAUCUUCACCAGGCGUCUCAUGUUCAGUUUGCCUUACUUGAUAUCUCUGGCACUGCCAGACACCUUUGAGGGGCUCUGCAGCUCCUUCUGGGGUCGCUCCAUGCAGCACCAACCCUGGGGAUAAACAUGAGGGUCAGGAGAGAGCUGCAUGUAACCAGCGUUCCUGAGGAUCGGCCUCAUUCCACCCCCUCCAGGCAGGGAAACGGGAUUCUGCUUUAAGAGGAAUGUUUCAGGCAAUGCCAGCAUUAAGCAGACUUGGUCCUACUCAGGGUUGUAGGGUGUCUCUGAUCUUUAGGCUGGAUUUUGGGGGUGUGGCUGGAGGGGUGGAUGGAGUUCUCACCAUUCCUGAUACCUGCUGCUCUGGUAUAGGAAUACAGGAAGCUUGUGCCCAGGCUGGGACACCAACAGGAUCAACGGCACAGUGCAGGGAUGCCAUACAGGGGUCUGAGAUGCUCUGGGCCCAGGGAGACAUUCCAGCACCUUCCAGUGCCUAAAGGGGCUCCUGGAGAGCUGGAGAGGGACUUUGGGCAAGGGCCUGGAGGGACAGGA